AUGAGUCCUGGUAGCGGGGCUGCGCCAGCGACGUGGCUCGUCCUGGUGGUCAGAGCAGAGCCGACGCCCCGCAGGGACGGUUCAGGAGGGUCCACGGGCCCCAUGAGCUGCAUCUUCUGCCUGGCGCUGGUGGACCGGAGGCCCAGGGCGGGCUGCCCGGACCCCCCUCCCGGGCAGGCGGCCCCGGCCGAGCCCCUGGGCAACGCGCCCCUCCUGCUGUACCCCGGCCGCGCCGAGCCGCCCUUCCCCGGCGCCUUCGGGGUCCCCGACUACCCCUUCGAGCCCGCCCUCACCCAGCAGCGCAAGGAGCGCGAGCGGCGGCGGGUCAAUCGUCCGAGGCCCCCUCGCCGCCCUUCGAGUCGGAGGAAUCCAGCCCCUGAUCGGGCCCGUGGCCGCCCGGGGGGUCCGCGGGGCCGUCCCUCUGCAGGGUGCAGCCGGGGGGCCGCAGGGUCAGCCGCGGCGCGGUGCGGCGCUCCCAGCCGGCGCCACCCUCCCUCCGUCCCCCAGUGCCACCGCCGGCCGCGGGCCUUCCAGCUUGGGGCGGGUGGACGGCAGGGGAUUCGAGGGCCCCGCAGGGAUCGGGAGCCCCGUUCGGGCAGCGCGCGCGCCGCGCCCCCUCCGGGCCGCAGGAGGGCAGCCUGGGACGGUCAUUCCGGGUCCAGCUCCGGCCAUGCGCCGGCUGUCCACGAGAUGGCCGCAGACACCAGCAUCCUCUUGGGGAGCCUGGGGGCCACCGCCGCAGCCCCACCCGGCGAGGAGCCCGGAGGGACUGCAGGCCUCCGUUGACAGCGCGACCACAGGCCGUUGGCGCUGAUUUGCACUGAGCGGCUGAAGAAGGGCGAGUUCCCGGAUUCCUGGCCCGCUGUCCCCCCACCUGCCCCGAUGCUCUUCCUACUCCCGCUCCCAUGGCCCGGCCCUCGCCGUGCGCCCGGGGGGUGUUCUGUUGGCCCACGCAUCCAACACUUGCAGAGAGCUUGUCACAUACAGGCAGUGCGCUGUGCAGGCGCCGCGCCCCAAGUGUG